AUGACACAGUAUUUUUCUCGUGCGGCCAAGUCGCUUGUUAUAAGACGCGGUGUCGGCGAGUACGAUGAAACGGAUUUCGAGAAACCCGUAGACUCGGCUCGUAUUGCCAUCUACUCUCUCGAUGGUUCUCGGUUCGCGUAUGCCACGGCCUCAGAAACCACUGUAGUCGACCCUGACAGUGGUGCGGUUCUGGCAAGGAUCCCUGUUGCAGCCGCUGACCUCUAUUUCAGCCCCAAAGGCACGUUUAUUGUGACAUGGGUGCGCCCCAAGAAAAACUCAGAAUCUGGCAACUGGGAGAACAACCUUUUGGUUUGGGCUGUGGCCUCCCCCGAGUCUCCAGUUGGGGAGUUUCUUCAAAAGAGUCAGGGCUCUUUUCGCGGGGGCUGGUCAGUUCAGUGGACUGGGGACGAGCAGUUUGGUCUCCGUCAGACCGCUCCUGGUACUUUGGUCGCGUAUGAUGCGUCGCUCAAGAACCAAGCCGGAAAGCUUACCAUGCCUGACGGGAUUGCCGAGUUUUCGGUUUCUCCUGGCCGUAAUCCUGCUGUGGCUAUAUUCACUACCGGUCGUAAAGGCAAGCCACCAAGUGUGCUUGUGUACAAAGUUCCAGCCCUCAGCCAAAUUGCUGCAUCGCGGACGCUUUUGCGGGCCGAAAGCGUUCAGCUCAUGUGGAACAAGCUUGGCACUGCCUGCCUGGUUAAUGCCACCACUGACGUCGAUAAGAGUGGUAAAACCUAUUACGGUGAUUCUACAUUGUACCUUUUGACCGUGAACUCGGGCGCUAGCCAACGUAUUGCUCUGGAUAAAGAGGGUCCUGUUCAUGAUGUCGCUUGGUCACCUACUUCAGAUGAAUUUGCUGUUGUAUACGGUUACAUGCCUUCAAAGACUACCUUCUUCGAUACUCGGGGUAAUAACAUUCACUCGCUGCCUUUGGCCUCGCGUAACACUCUCAAGUUCUCUCCUCAGGGACGGUUUGUCGUGGUCGCUGGCUUUGGCAAUUUGCAGGGUCAGGUUGACAUUUACGACCGCGGCAACAAAUACGCUAAAGUUACAAACUUGGACGCUCCAAACACAUCCUACUUUGACUGGUCUCCAUGCGGCCGUUACAUUUUAACUGCUACCACGUCUCCCCGACUCCGUGUCGACAACGGCGUCAAGAUUUGGCAUUACUCCGGCCGCUUCAUGUAUGCACAUGAUGAUGAGGAGCUGUUUUCUGUGGGAUGGCGGCCAGAAGAGAUCCCUCUGAACCUGACCGAACCGAUCCCUGAACCGCACGAGAGCGUCGCAAAUCGUGCUACAGCGGCUGCGCCCAAGCCGAAGAGUGCCUAUCGUCCCCCGCAUGCUCGGGGUGGUGCUGAGGUUGCUCGCACAUCGCUAUACCAACGCACUAUGGCAGCUGAACCAGCCGCCGACCAGUCUAAAGCGGCUUCUAAAAAUAAAAAGAAGCGGGAGGCUAAGCGGGCUGCAGAGGGCACCAAGCCGGCGCCUGGCAAUGGAGCAGAAGCCCCUGCUACCACCGCUGCGGUUGCACAGAAUCCAGAGGACAAACUUGUUCGGUCUCUGCUCAAGAAGCUUCGGGCAAUCCGCGACCUCAAAGAGCGCCAGGCUUCCGGUGAAAAGCUUGAGUUGACUCAGGUCCAAAAAAUCACAACUGAGAAUGACGUUCUUACAAAACUCGCUUCCUUGGGCUGGUCGGAAUAA